AUGGGACUGGCUUUUGAAAGAACGAGGAGCAAACCUGCCAGAAAUGCAGGGAAAGUGAAAGGGCACGUGGGAAAACCAGAGGCACUGUUUGACAAGAGUUCCCAGCAAGUGGCUGCUUCCAGGGAGGUCAGUUGGGGUGGGUGGAAAAGGAGCAAGAGUCCCAGGAUGCACCGCGUGGGCCCAGCAACAGCUGUCGUGCUGAGGACUCAGGCGGAGCCCGAGCGCAAGCGGGAGCCAGAGCCAGAGCUGGGUGGAAGGAGAUUUCGAGAGCGGGAGCAGCGCAGCCCAGCCCGGGGGCCUGGGCGCGGACCUGCCACUAGUUCGACUCCCCCUUGGCACCCGGCACCGCCACCAGCCUCUGGGGCUCCCGAUUCCGUGCCUUCCCCGUGGACAGCCGACCGCAUUGCAGGAGGGAGAGUGGGCGGAGAAGGGUCCAGAUUGUCCGAUUCCGCUAUGCCCAAUCUUGGAGGGAGGGGAGGAAGGGGAGCGGGGGCAGAAGCUGCAGCGUCCUCUGGCUCGGGAAGCAGACGAAAAACCAUGGCCAAGGCGACUCCUGUUAAGGUGUCUGUGACAUUUGAUGAUGUGGCCGUGUAUUUCUCAAAGAAUGAGUGGAAGAAACUGAAAUGGUCCCAGAAAGAACUUUAUAAGCAUGUGAUGAAGACUAAUUAUGAAACCUUGAUCUCCUUGGAUUAUACUAUUCCCAAACCAGAUUUGAUAUCCCAUAUUGAACAAGGAAAGGAGCCAAUCUUCAAGAAUCUGGCAAAUUUGGAGACAAGUGUGAGAACGAACCAAUCUAGCACUGCUGAGCUACGUAACUCUGACAGCACUGAGGAACAGCAGUCUGUCCCUGGAAACCAGAGAGUGAUGCAGCUUAAAGCAAAGAAAUGCCAUUUUGGUAGUCCUCAAAACCAAGACUUAUCUGGAUCUUCAUCACUUAAUGAAGGAAAUGUUUUCUGCAGGCCUACCCAAAGAAACACCUUGAGAAACCUGUCCUCCCAAAACAGAGAGCCUUCAAUUCCAGAAGCUAAUAGUACUAAGGGAUUCACUGAGAGGGUGGAAGAGGAACACCCAGGGACCAUCAAUUGCCAGGAAGCCCCCAAUGGACAUAGAUUCUAUCCCUGCCAUGUGUGUGGGAAAAGCUUCCAGUACAAAGGUCACUUGGUAAAACACCAAAGGAGCCACUCAGACAACCAAUGCCAAUGCCCACAGUGCAAGAAGAAAUUCAGCAGGCAAUCUGACAAGAGACAGAAAGGAAAGAACGAAAAAAAGAGAAGGAACAGAAAAAGAAUCUAUGAAUGCAGUGAGUGUGGCAAGAGCUACUGCUUGAAGAAGAACCUGAAUGCCCACCAGCGUAAGCAUGGUGGGGAGGAUUUCCUUCAGGAAUCUGAAAGGAAUAAGAACUUCACCCGCCAGGCCAACUUAAAGAGGCUUGAGGGCACACGAAGCAGGAGGAGUGUCUUCACUUGUAGAGAGUGUGGGAAAAGCUUCUGCCAGGAGUCUUACCUGCGAACCCAUCUAAGCCUGCAUAAGGAGGAAAAGCUGUUUAUCUGUGGUGAGUGUAACAAGUGUUUUUCUUAUCAGUACAAGUUCAUCGAACACAUCAGGAUCCAUACUGGGGAGAAGCCCUUCCAGUGUCCCAAGUGUGGAAAGAACUUCCGCCUGAAGGUCAAUCUGAAGAUCCAUGUGAGCCUGCAUAAUGGGAUCGAUCCUUGCCGCUGUAGUGAGUGUAAAAAGACCUUUGCUCACAAAGCAAGCCUCGUCAAACACAUCAGAAGACUUCAUCGACUGGAUAGGCCUUUUAAGUGUCCUGAGUGUGACAAGACCUUCAAAAGGAAGACCACCAUGAGACUCCAUUAUGGCCUACACCAAGGUGAGAGACCAUUCCCUUGCACAAAAUGUGACAAAUGCUUCAGCCAACAAAUUAAACUCACUGAACACAUGAGGGUCCACACUGGGGAGAAACCUUACCGGUGUUGUGAAUGCGGUAAAAAAUUUCGAUUGAGGAGAAUUAUGAUUGCCCAUCAGAGUGAACACAGUGGGAUGAAGUCCUUUAUCUGUGGGGAGUGUGGCAAAAGAUUCCUUAUGCAGUACAUGCUCACAGAACACUUCAGGGUCCACAGUGGGGAGAAGCCCUUCCAGUGUGGUGAAUGUGGUAAGAACUUUACCCGGAGAACCAACUUGAAUGCCCACAUGCGUAUCCAUACUGGACAAAAGCCAUUCUCCUGUAGCCAGUGUGGCAAAUGUUUCCCCCAUCAAUCUAAGCUCGCUCAGCACCUUCAAGUGCACAACAAGGAUAAAACCUUCCAAUGUCCUGAAUGUGACAAAAGCUUUCGCCAAAAUAGAAGUCUGAAGGCCCACAUGAGCCACCACAGUGGGGAAAAGCCUUUCACUUGUAAAGAGUGUGGCAAAAGCUUUGCCUUGCAGCAUGUCUUCAAUGAGCACAUCAGAGUUCACAGUGGGGAAAAACCCUUCCAGUGUCCUGAAUGUAACAAGUGCUUCUAUAGGAAGGCUACCAUGAAGGUCCAUCAGAACAGACAUAAGCAGAAAAAGUCAUACCCAUGCCCCAAGUGUGAAAAAUGUUUUUCCCAGCGUUGUGAACUCACUGAACAUGCUAAAUCUCACCAAAAAAAGGCCUUCCAGUGUUCUGAGUGUGACAAGAGCUUCUCUCAGGAAAAAUCUCUGAAGGUUCAUGAGAGUCUGCACAAAGCGGGGAGUACACUUUCCUGUGAUGAAUGUGGUAAGAAUUUCACCCGAAAGUGUGAGCUAAGUAGACACAUCAAGAUCCAUGCUAGGAAGAAGUCCUUCCAGUGUCCUGACUGUAAAAAGAGCUUUGUCCAUAAGUCAUCUUUGAGGGCACACCACCACAUACAUAAGAAGGAAAGACCAUUUUUAUGUUCUGAUUGUGGCAAGAGCUUUGCUUAUGUGGGUGCAUUUAAUACCCAUAAUGCAGCCCAUGCUAAGGAGAAAGCCAAGAGUUCCAGGUCAGAGAAGAGUUCCAGAUCAGAGAAGAGUUCCAGGUCAGAGAAGAGUUCCAGACCAGAGAAGAGUUCUAGGUCAGAGAAGAGUUCUAGGUCGGAGGUGGUACCCAAUAGUGCCAGCUCUUUGAACCAGUGA